CUUUACGAGCCCAAUCAGGCGGUAGCGGGCAGCUGGCGUCACCCGUGUCGUUGUGCACGCAGCCGCUGCCGUUCUUGACGUCGACGAACCACGUGGCCUCCUUACCGCCCGGACCGUCCUUCACCUUGAAUGCAAACACGCCGCCGAUCUUCUUCACAAACGCGUCGCCGUCCUGCGCAAACAUCGCACGCACCUUGGAACCCCGGAGCAACCUUGGAACGACCUUUGACCUCUUCCACCUUCUCACCUGCUGCAGCUUCUUAUUGAUCUCCUGGAACACGGCGUGCGCUUUGAAGCCCUCCAGGCUGUCACUGGCGCUGCUCCUGGCGGCCACAAUCCUUCACACGACAAAUAUUUGCUUAGCAUCGCAAACACAAAUGCAUAGAACUGAAAACGGCAGGUCUCCCCCUGGUGCGCAUGCGUCGUCAGCACGGACGUUCUUACACUUCUGUAGCAUUUAGUGGCGAAGGGGAAACGUCUCUUUUUCUUUAUCAAAUUAAUGCAAAAAAAAAAAAAAAAAAAGGUGCAUCGUGACAACUUUUGUUUUCAACAACACUUGAGCUCAGCUAAUGCUAACGCCCUGUAACAAGUGUGUUAAAACAAAAGUAAGCUUAGUGAAUAACUAAUACGAGUCAAUUGUAAUGUUAUUACUCGUACCUUGGUGUGUGUCUUUCGGGCAUUUUGUCAAGAAGAACGAGGUAACACUGGCAAGAAGAAGAGUUAGUACAGGUGUCAGCGAACUUUGCUGCUCUUGAACUGCACUUCCGGGUUGCCUCCUUUCUGUUCAGACUCGAUUAGUCGACGUCAGAUGCUCUGCAUGGAAACUUUGAGGAAACCCGCCGGUUUGAUCCAUUCGAGGUGGUUAUGGUGGGCGUUGAGCAAGCGAAAAUACAACAGCAAAGACGAGCGUUCCUCUUCAGAGUACUUGCACAGAAGCCUGGUGCCCACGAUGCAUUACCAGAAGAGUUUACCAAGGUUGCCGAUCCCAAAGCUGGAGGACACCAUCAGGAGGUAUUUAGCUGCUCAACAGCCCCUCCUGGAUGGCCAACAAUUCAGAGAGACCAAGAAAGUUGCUCAGGACUUCCUGGCUGGUGAAGGAAAAAGGCUUCAAGAGGAGUUGCUGGCUCAGGAUAAGAAAAACAAACACACCAGCUACAUCUCAGGACCGUGGUUCGACAUGUACCUGUCGGCGCGCCAGCCGGUGGUGCUGAACUUCAACCCGUUCGUGUCGUUCAACCCGGACCCCGAGGGCGGGUACAACGAGCAGCUGGUGCGCGCCAGCAACAUGACGUGCUCGGCCUUGCGCUUCAUGAAGACGCUGCGGGCCGGCCUGCUGGAGCCCGAGGUGUUCCACCUGAACCCGGCCCGCGGCGACACCGACGCCUUCAAGAGGUUCAUCCGCUGGGUGCCCGCCUCGCUGGCCUGGUACGGCGCCUACAUGGUCGACGCCUACCCGCUGGACAUGUCGCAGUACUUCCGCCUCUUCAACUCCACGCGCGUGCCCCGGCGAGGGCGGGACGAGCUGUUCACCGACGAAAGGGGGCGCCACCUGCUGGUCAUGAGGAGAGGCAACAUGUACGUCUUUGACGCGGUGGACGCCGACGGCAACAUGGCGGCGCCUGCGCAGAUCCGCCACAACCUGGGGUUCAUCCUGUCGGAUGCGACGCCGGCGCCCGACUUCCCCCCGGGGGCGCUGACGACGGAGAACCGGGACGUGUGGGCGGGGCUGAGGGACAAGCUGGUCGCCUGCGGCAACGGCGAGACCCUGGCGGCGGUGGACAGCGCCCUCUUCUGUCUGUGCCUGGACGACGUCAGCUUGAGCGACGGCGUGGCGGCGUCGCACAACAUGCUGCACGGGGACGGCGUAAACAGAUGGUUCGACAAGUCGUUCAGCAUCAUCGUCGCGAGCGACGGCCACGCCGCCAUCAACUUCGAGCACUCGUGGGGCGACGGCGUGGCCGUACUGCGCCUCCUCAACGAGAUCUUCGAGGACACCACCCGCAAGCCGCAAGUGCACCCCGGCUCCGCUACUAGCGGCGGUUCGCCGUGCGGCGCCGUGCGCCGGCUGAACUUCAAGCUGGACGACGAGCUGCGGGACGGCAUCAAAAACGCCAAAGCCGGAUUUGACGCCGCCGUGUCCCAGCUCACCAUCGACGCCAUGCAGUUUACAGGUGGCGGCAAGGAGCGCCUGAAGAAGGCCAAGCUGAGUCCCGACGCGAUGGCGCAGCUGGCCUUCCAGAUGGCCUUCCUGCGCCAGUACGGCGCCACGGCGGCGUCGUACGAGUCCUGCAGCACGGCCGCCUUCAGGCACGGCCGCACCGAGACCAUCCGGCCCGCCAGCGUCUUCACCGAGCGCUGCGCCCGCGCCUUCGUGCGCCAGCCCGCCCGGCACGACGCCGGCCGGCUGCUCCAAAUGCUGCGCCGCUGCUCCGACUAUCACGGGCAGCUGACCAAGGAGGCCGCCACGGGUCAGGGGUUCGACCGCCACCUGUUCGCCCUGCGCCACCUGGCCGCGUCGUCCGGGCGGCCUCCGCACGCCCUCUACGCCGACCCCGCCUACGCCGCCAUCAACCACGUAGUGCUGUCCACCAGCACGCUGUCCAGUCCCGCCGUGCAACUGGGCGGCUUUGCGCCGGUGGUGCCCGACGGGCUGGGCGUGGGCUACGGCGUCCACGACGAAUGGAUCGGGUGCAACGUCAGCGGCUACCCGGCGCGCGACGUCUCGCGCUUCCUGCGGUGCGUCCGCGAGUCGCUGGAGGACAUCUUCGCCGUCCUGGACGGCGAGCCGCUCGCAAACGUCCCGCGCUAAGUGGAAGUCGCGCGCUCGUCCGUCCGGUCGCGUGACGUCACGCCGCCGUGGUUGCUGUCGACUUCUCGUGAAAUGGAACGUGUGUGAAUAAAAUGUAUUCAAUGGUUUGAGUGGAAGACUGAACAAUGACUUGAAAAGAACGUUUUCGUCCACGAGUUCAUCGCGAGCCGGCGUUACCGCCCCAGUCGGUGAAAGUUGCAAAGUUUUCAUUUGACAUAUUUGAACGCUGAACCAAUCAAGCCCAGUCGCACGCGUA